AUGGAGCCGUCGAACGCCACGCUGGCCCCCACCCUGUCCCUGCCACCCCCCGGCACCCUGCAGUGGGACGGGCGGCUGCUGGUGGCCUGUGCCGUGCUGGGGCUGCCCGCCAACGCCUUCACCCUCUGGCUGACGGGCUGGCGACUGCGGUGCCGGGGACUGGCCACCUUCAUCCUCAGCCUGGCCACCUCCGACUUCCUCUUCCUCGCCAACUCGCUCCUACAGAUCUGGUCGCUGGCCCACGGUCACCAGUGGGUGCUGGGCACCCACCUGUGCCGCCUCCACCAGUUUCUCUAUGCCUUGGGCUACUACAGCGGGCUUUUCUUGCUGGCGGCCAUCAGCCUGGACCGCUGCCUGCUGGUGGCUGCCCCGGUCUGGUACCGGUGCCGGCAACCAGCCCAUUUACCGGCGGCGUUGUGCACGGGCGCCUGGUUGACAGCGACCGGUUGCAGCGUGCCGGACACGGUGCUGUCGACGACAGCCGAGCUGUUGCCCGCUUUGGUGGUGUGCCGUAGCGAGAGGGGGAGCUGGGAGGUGCCGAUGCGGUGGCUGGAGGUGGUGGUGGAGGGGCUGCUGCCCUUCAGCGUGGUUGUGGUUUGCCACGGGACCGCUCUGGUGCUGGCUUGGUGCCAGCGUGGCCAAGGCGGCCGCCCGCCCACCCGUUUCCAGCACAUCGUGGUGGCCACGCUGAGCGCCUACGUGCUGCUGCAUCUGCCCUUCCAGGUCACCCAGCUGCUGCAGCUGGUGGCCCCCAGGCCACCGGGCCACCUCCUCUACCUGCUGGGGCUGGCCUUCAACGUCAGCAGCUGCCUGAACCCCUGCCUGUACCUGCUGCUGGGCUCCCGCGCCUGCCACCACCUCGCCCGCCUGCCGCGGGCCGCCCUCGCCCGCCUGCUGACGGAGCCGGUGGUGGGGCUGGGGGGGGACUCGAAACGCGUGGGCAUCGUCACCUGGCACCCCACCGCCCGCCACGUCCUGCUCAGCGCAGGCUGUGACAACGUGGUGCUGAUCUGGAACGUGGGCACGGCGGAGGAGCUGUACCGCCUGGAGGGGCUGCACCCCGACCUCAUCUACAGCGUCAGCUGGAGCCGGGACGGCGCCCGCUUCUGCACCGCCUGCAAGGACAAGAGCGUCCGCGUCAUCGACCCCCGCCGCGGCACCGUGGUGGCCGAGAAGGAGCGGGCGCACGAAGGGGCUCGGCCCAUGCGGGCCAUUUUCUUGGCCGACGGCAAGAUUUUCACCACUGGCUUCAGUCGCAUGAGCGAGCGGCAGCUGGCGCUGUGGGACCUGGAGAACCUGGAGGAACCCAUGGGGCUCCAGGAGCUGGACUCCAGCAACGGGGCUCUGCUGCCUUUCUACGACCCUGACACCAACGUGGUCUACGUCUGCGGCAAGGGUGACUCGAGCAUCCGGUACUUUGAGAUCACGGAAGAGCCGCCCUACAUCCAUUUUCUCAACACUUUCACCAGCAAGGAGCCCCAGCGGGGCAUGGGCUGGAUGCCCAAGCGCGGGCUGGACGUCAGCAAGUGCGAGAUCGCCAGGUUCUACAAGCUGCACGAGCGCAAGUGUGAGCCCAUCAUCAUGACGGUGCCCAGGAAGGUCAGUGGGGACCGCGGGGCACGGCAGCAGGCAAGUUCCGACACGUUUUCGGGCAACCGGUGA